CGGGAAACAGGCGGCCUCCGCUCUCUGGUAUCCUGAGCUGUCGAGUUGAGUUGCUUCUGUUUCGCGCUGGAGUAUCUGCGCCGCUGCCGGGAUCAUGGUGUUCUACUUUACCAGCAACAGCGUUAACUCAUCUGCUUACACUAUUUACAUGGGAAAGGAUAAAUAUGAAAAUGAAGAUCUAAUAAAGCAUGGCUGGCCUGAAGAUAUUUGGUUUCAUGUGGACAAACUCUCUUCGGCUCAUGUAUACCUUCGAUUACAUAAGGGGGAGAAGAUAGAAGACAUACCAAAGGAAGUCCUGAUGGACUGUGCCCAUCUUGUGAAGGCCAAUAGCAUUCAAGGCUGCAAGAUGAACAACGUUAAUGUGGUAUAUACACCGUGGUCUAACCUGAAGAAAACAGCCGACAUGGAUGUGGGACAGAUAGGCUUUCACAGGCAGAAGGAUGUGAAAAUUGUGACCGUGGAGAAGAAAGUGAAUGAGAUCCUGAACCGAUUAGAAAAGACCAAAAUGGAGCGGUUCCCAGACCUCGCGGCAGAGAAGGAAUGCAGAGACCGAGAAGAGAGGAAUGAGAAAAAAGCCCAAAUUCAGGAAAUGAAAAGGAGAGAGAAGGAAGAGAUGAAGAAGAAGCGGGAAAUGGACGAACUUAGGAGCUAUUCAUCACUAAUGAAAGUUGAGAAUAUGUCUUCAAAUCAGGAUGGCAAUGAUUCAGAUGAAUUCAUGUGAAUGGAGGAAAGGACCUUUGAAAGAUGUGAAUUUUGGGACAGUUGCAGACGGUUUGAUUUCAUCUGUGUUUGGAGUUAUAAAAAAAAAAACAACUAAAAUUCUACCUUCAUUCUACACAAAUAUUACCAACGUUGGAGUCUAAAAAACAAAAAAAGUGUUCCCUUUUUUGCCGACGGAAAAGGAUCAGAUAUUUAUAAUAUAUUUGGACUUGAAAAACAGCAUAUAACUUUAGGAAAGUGAAAAUAUUUUUGCUGAAAGAUGUCUUGGUACCUCAUGACAGUUGGCUGCCCUUGUUCUUGGGAUAGACUUUAGAACAGACCAGCUCUGAGAAGUAUUUGUUACUGUGGUCUGUCCCUGAGAACAGAUGUCUUGAGAAGCUUUUUCAUAUUCUUAAAAUAGCUUCACUUCUGUUAAGAAGAAUGUAUCAGUGAGCAAUGUAUGCGAACGUUGCCCUUGGCCCCGAUUUCCUGACUAGAACAAGAAAGCUUACGGGUUUUGACGGUGAUAGUGAUAUUUUCAGAAGAUUGCCGGCUUCAGUAUUCCUGUCCCAUGGUGUCGUGUGAGUCCUCAGCUCUCCCCUUGUCCUGGCUUCCACCUUCCGCAUCCUUUCUCUGAGCCAGGGCCUUCCCCCUAGUUACCAUCAUGC